AUGCGUCACGUCCUUAGUGACGUCAAUCUUCUCACCUUUAGAAGGGACACCUGGCGCAUCCUCAUUGGCUCCCGUGUCCAUCGUCUUCCUACUCACAGUGUGAACCUCGGUAAACGCAUUGUCCACGUUUGUCGAAUCGAGUGCGGAGGUCUCCAUGAAGUAGAGCGACUCGCGCUCGGCAAAAGAGGUCCCGGCGUCAGUCGAGACGGCCACGAGGUGUCGGAGGUCGGAUUUGUUGCCGACGAGCAUCACGACCGUGCUCGGGUCCGUGUGGUCGCGAAGCUCUUUGAGCCACCGCUCGACGCUCUCGAACGUCGAGUGCCUCGUCACGUCGUAAACGAGGAGGGCGCCCACGGCCCCGCGGUAGUACGCGCUCGUGAUGGCACGACCGAACGCAAAAGGCAUCAGUUGCCCAAAAUUUCAACUUCAAUAAAAAAGGUAGCUUACGGGCUGCAGAAACUGGGAAGGGUUUCCAACAGUAAAACUUUACAAGUACAGAGGAUUAUGGGAUUAACGGCCAGCAAACUGUAUUUCCAACAUUUACUUAUGAUUAUUAGCCAAUAA